AUGCUGCUGUGGGUAUCACUGCUGGUCCUGGCUCCUGUCAGUGGACAAUUUGCAACUGAACCAAAAUCUGUAGUUUUCCUCCAUUCUCCAUGGACCACUGUCUUCCAAGGAGAGAAUGUGACACUGACUUGCAAAGCAUUUCACUUGGAUGCAUCAGAGAAAAUAAAAUGGUACCAUUGGUAUCUUCUGGAAAAAACACAAAGUGAAACCUCAGGAAACACCCAUGAGGUCCAUGAAUCUGGAGAUUACAGAUGCCAGGCCCAGGACUCACCCCUGAGUAAUCGUGUGAGCUUGCUCUUUUCUCCAGCCAACCUGAUCCUGCAGGCUCCACUUGAUGUGUUUGAAGAAGAAUCUGUAAUUCUGAGAUGCCGAGCAAAGGCAAACACAGUACUGAAAACUAUAAAGCUGUACAAGAAUGAAAAAGUCCUGGAAGAUCACACUGUGGAGAUAGCAGUGGGAAUGUUGACUGACUUCCAUAUUCAUCAGGCAAGUCUGAAGGACAACGGCAAAUAUCACUGUACUGGAGUUAAGGAAGAUGAUCAGUUGGUUUCUUCAAACUCGGUCAAAAUCGAAGUCCAAGAGCUGUUUCCACGUCCUGUGCUGAGAGCCAGCUCCACCCAGCCCACUGAAGGAGGAGCAGUGACUCUGACCUGUGAGACCCAGCUCUCUCCACAGAGGCCAGAUGUCCAGCUCCAGUUUCACUUCUUCAGAGACAGAAGGUCCCUGGGGUCAGGCUGGGGAAGCUCUCCAGAAUUCUGGAUCCGCACCAUAUGGAGAGAAAACUCAGGGUCUUACUGGUGCCAGGCACAGAGCAUGAAUCCCUCUGUCCAGAAACAGAGCCAGAGAUUACAGAUACAGGUGAAAAAAGUUGUUCCUGACAUCCGUAUAUACCCUCGCCCAGAGUUGGUGUUUGAAGGGCAGGAGCUGGUGCUCAUCUGCUCAGUAAAUGGAGUUCCAGGCCCCAUCACAGUUUCUUGGUACAAAAAAUUCAAGCUGAGGACAGAAAGAAAGCUUCACACUUCCUCAAAAACAGAAUUCAAGAUCCCUGUGGUGCAAAACAGCCAUGAUGGAGAGUAUUAUUGUGUUGCCAGCAAUAGUCAUUCCUCCUUCCGCAGUGACCCAGUGACCAUCAAUGUGAAAGUCCCCGUGUCUCAACCUGUCCUCACCCUCAGCCCUCCUGGGACCUGGACUUUUGUGGGAGAUGAGGUGAGCUUUGACUGUGAAGCUCAGAGAGGUUCUCUGCCCAUCUGGUAUCAGUUUUUUCAUGAAGAUGUGCUGCUCAUGAAGAUAGAAGCUACUUUAUGGAGAACAAUGUCCUAUAGAUUCUUUCUGACUGAAGAGCAUUCUGGGAACUACUACUGCACAGCUGACAAUGGCCUUGGCCUCCAGAGCAGUGAGACCCUGAGACUCUCUGUCACCAGUAAGCUCUGGAUUCCUGUCAGUGACCCAUCCCUGACCCUCUCACACCAACCUUUUCAGAGGUCUGCAUGGAUCUUCCAGUUUCCUACCUCAGUCAACCUCAUGCCUGUCUUGAGUCAAUGGGAAAAGAUCCUGGUAUCAACUAACUCAUUUUUGCUCUCAGUUCCAGUAUCUCGCCCCAUCCUCACCCUCAGGACUCCCGGGGCCCAGGCUGUGGUGGGGGACAUGGUAGAGCUUCACUGUAAGGCAUGGAGAGGCUCUCCCCCAAUCCUGUACCAGUUUUAUCAUGAGGAUGCCAGCCUGGAGAGCAGCUCAAGCACCUCUGGAAGGGGAGCUUCCUUCAACCUCCUUCUGACGGCAGAGCAUUCUGGGAACUAUUUCUGUGAGGCCAACAAUGGCCAGGGGUUCCAGCGCAGUAACACAGUGUCACUCAGUGUCAGAGUUCCAGUGUCUCAGCCUGUCCUCACCCUCAGGGCUUCCAGGGCCCAGGCUGUGGUGGGGGACAUGAUAGAGCUUCACUGUGAGGCCCAGAGAGGCUCUCCCCCGAUCCUGUACCAGUUUUAUCACAAGGAUGUCGCCGUGGGAGACAGCUCAGCUCCCUUGGGAGGGGGAGCAUCCUUCAGCCUCUCUCUGACCACGAACCAUUCUGGAAACUACUUCUGUAAGGCCGACAAUGGCCUGGGGGUCCAGCAGAGUGAGGUGAUGCUACUCAGUGUCAUAGUUCCAGUGUCUCGCCCUAUCCUCACCCUCAGGGCCCCCAGGGCCCAGGCUGUGGUGGGGGAUGUGGUGGAGCUUCACUGUGAGGCCCAGAGAGGCUCUCCCCCAAUCCUAUACCAGUUUUAUCACAAGAAUGUCACCCUAGAGAGCAGCAUGUCCCACUCUGGACAAGGAGUGUCCCUCAACCUCUCAUUGACUGCAAAUCAUUCUGGAACCUACUCCUGUGAGGCCGACAAUGGCCUGGGUCCCCAGUGCAGUGAGGCAGUGACACUUUCCAUCACAGGGCUGACAGGGAGCAGAAGUGGCCCUGUUGCCACCGGUGUCACCGGGGGGCUGCUCAGCAUGAUGGGUCUUGCUGCCAUAGCACUGUUGUUCUACUGCUGGCUCCCGAGAAAAGCAGGAAGAAAGCCUACAUUUGACUCCUCCAGGAAUCAGUCAGCUUCAGACCCACAAGAGCCCACCUACCACAAUGUACCAAGCUGGAUAGAACUACAACCAGUGUACAGCAAUGUAAAUCCUAACAGAGGAGACGUGGUGUACUCGGAAGUCCGGACCGUGAAGGUGGAGAACAAACAGGCAGCAGCCUCUGACCCAGAGCUUCUCAAGAACACGGAUUCCUGCGUCAUCUACUCCCAGGUGAAGGGGGCUUACACCGCAGCCCCUAAGCCCCAGCUCUUGGCUGCAUCCCCUCCUCAAAGAUGA